AUGAUCGUAUGCCGUCGUCUCCUCCGAUCGAAGGCGCGCUCUGAGGUUUGUAAUGUGAUCCAGCUUUUAUCCUUAGUUCUGUCGCAGGAUGCUCCCAGUGACUUCCGCCUUUCUGUGAAAACGAAGCUCUUGUACUGCCAAAGUUGCUCUGUGGCUAGCGUUCUCCGGGUUUGCCUUAUUUAGUUUCGGUGCGGUGACUGUAGAUGGUCUGAUCAUGUGGUUUGAAUGAAGGUAGAUCAUCAGGAGGAGAGGAGAGGGGGGACGAUGUGGAGCCGAAUAGACAGCGGAGAGUGUUUUUGCGUUUUAAUUUAAUUUACUGAAGAUUUAUCCCAAUUUAUCAGGUUAAACUGAGAUUUCCUUUAAACCUCACGGAACAAGAAAGAAUUGAGGAAAAAAAAAAAAGAGACCGGAGAAAGUGGUGUAUACUAGGCACAGAUGACCGUGGAGAAAAUGAUUCUGGAUGACUCCGUUAUUUUUAUAUCCAUAAAAUUACUCAAUAAUGAUAUCCGUGCUGCCUCUUGAUGAGAUGUAUUGAUUGCUCCUAUUUCUUGUUUGUGGUUCAUUAGGUGCUUGAUUUUCUUGCAGUGUGGUGCAUUAUUAGGGCGCAGCGCCGCUGUUGGAAGUUUUCAAGGGAAGCUGGGACAAUCGGAUGUAUUCAUAAGACAAACCAGUUCAGAGACCUCUCUCAAAAGUGAACCUAAGGAUGAGAUUGGGUAUGCCCUUUUCAGUUGAAGGUCCUGUGGGGGUUUCCUUUGCUUCAAUGGUAAUCUUCUUUCCCUGUGAAUUUAAUGGUCAUUCUUACCAUGUGCUAUCUUGGGUAUGUCAGUUUUAAAGGGCACGAUAUGCUGGCGCCAUUCACAGCUGGAUGGCAGAGCAGUGACGUCCAUCCCCUGGUCAUUCAAAGAUCUGAAGUAAGUACCUCAUUGUUCUAGUCGGAUUAUUUUCAGGUUUUAAUUAUACUGUUAUGCGAACUUUUCAUGAGAUUCACCCUUACCAUAUCUGUUACUACAUUAUAGUGUUUUCCCUUUUUCAGUAACCUGUCAUGUUGCUUCAACCUUUUUGAAUUACCAUAACUAUUAAAAAUUUUCAGAUGAAAAUGUAAGAUGAAGAAUAGAACUUGUAGCGAAGGCAUCUCGGUGUACUUGGUGUGAGAAUGUCUGCCUGAAAAACAAAUCUACCAUAGCCUUUGACUGUUUGUACCGGAGUGCACAUCUCAGUAACAUUUCCAAGGAAGACUAGCUGGUAGAAUUUAGUAGAAAUUUUACCAAGUUGAUGGGGAAUAAUUUAUGUCUUCUCUAGCUUUACCCAAAUGGACAUUAUAUCAAAUGAUGAGGAUAAAUGACCCCAGAGAUGGUCGCUUAUUGAGAGGUUUAAAGAUGCAUGUGAUAUAGCGUGACAGAUUAAGUUUGCUAAAAUUAAGAUCACAAAAUUAAGAAUAUUUUUGGGAACACUAGCUCCCAAUGUUUAUAAAUCCGUGUAGAGUAUCACUAUCACUGGCAUAUUAUCUAACAGUCAAAGUUCUGGUCAUCUUUCAAUGGAAUAUUGUGUUCUCAAAGUUCUGAAAGUGCUGGGGAUGUCCCUGUGUAUCUUUAGGCAAUCUGAUGGAUAAUGAUCUGAGGGAUUUUUCAAGCCAACCGUCUUUGUGAAUGUCAGUUUUGAGGGGUAACUCUCCACCUUCAAAUUAGUCAAAGUUUUUUCAAGCCAAUGAUCUGAGGAAUAACAUUUUUUGUUAAUGAUGAUUUGGUAAUACUGUGGGAAGUAAAUUAGUCAGGCAGCGUUGUGUGUUAAUAUCAAGAAGCCCCUUAAAGAGAACAAAAUUUAGACAGUUUAUGUUCAAACGUCAAAGUUUAUUUCAAUAGAAAAUCAUCAAAUUUGAGGGACCAUGACGAGUAACUUUUACAAAAUUCUCACUAAGAAGUUUUGUUAUUUCCAAAACUGCCUGAAAAUGAAGGAAAAAUAGAUGCAGUUAUUUCUUACUGAACUGUGAAACAUUACCUGAGGAAUUGAUAUCAUCUUAUCUGUGGUUCCGUUAAUGGUUUCAGUUGGAUGUUUGGUUUGGUCUCAAAAAAUUUAGUUACAGGUACACUGCUUUAUAUUCGUUAGAUGGAAAGAAGCCAUCUAGAACAAGAUGUUGACACCACGGAGGAUGGUAAGAUUUAUGUUUUUUGAGAAGCAGAAAUAGGUUAGUGAGAUAUGUGAGCGGCUAUAUGAUUAAUAGGAAUAUAGAAUUGAGGAAAACUAAUUACUAGGGUAAAUAUAGGUCUGUGAUCGUGAUAAGACUUCCAGGGAAAUUGAGAGUAGUUAGGUCAUGCACAAGAUAAAUCUUGUUGUUGUUGUCGUGAAGUUUCAAGACAAUGGUAUUCAUAUAAAACAAUGGGCAGAUGUCCAGAGAUAAAGCAUAUACAUAAAGCGCAGAGGACAUCCCGGACUGUAGAAAAUGACAAUUUUCUACAGAGGGGAGAACGGCGGAAACCGCCUUCAUUCCAGUCAACUAUUACGUUCCUUAAUAUAGGGAGAAACCCUAGACAAUUUUCCAAAAACACCCUCAACUUAUCAAAUUAUUUCCCUACGACCUAGUGCUUCCAACAUGACAGAUAGCUAUCUGAACGUGAUUAUAUGCUGACGAAAUUUUCUUUCGUUGCUUUGAUGUUAUAGAGAGUCCCAUUUCGCAUUGCAAUUAUAUUAUGAUUUUUUUAUCACGUCCGAGUAUGUAUGGCAUGAUCUAGAAUUUCUUGUUAAGCCAUCCAUUUGAAAAACCAUGAUAUGCUUAACAAAAUAUUUCACAUUUAAUGGCCAACCUGGAUAUUAUCCAAUGUCAACGCAUUUUUUUAAUCUGGCAUUUAAAUGUUGUAAAAAUGUAAAGCUGAUUUGAACAAAUCUAACCAUUUGUCAAUGUUUGUUAUUCCUACUCUCUUUAAUAAUCGGAAAAAACUGAUGUGCAGGGGAGCUAUGUCUAUGACAUCAAUGGAAAAAAAUACCUUGAUGCCCUUGCUGGUUUGUGGUCUACGGCUCUAGGUAUUCAACAAAACGCUCCUGAACAAUGAAUCUCAUAUUCUUCAAGUUAGAAUGUUGAAUCUCUUUCUUGUGUGAUCUUUUGUUGUUGUGCAGGCGGAAAUGAACCACGGCUUGUUCAAGCUGCAACAGAGCAGCUAAAGACCUUGCCAUUUUACCACUCCUUUUGGAACCGAACCACAAGACCCUCCUUGGUACCUUCUUUAGUUGUUAUUUGAUUUUCGUAACUUUAUUUGUUCUUCAAUAUAGUAUGUUGCAAAUUAUUUUUCAUGCUCAUUCUACUUCAUUAUAUGCAAGAAUUUAUUUGUGUAAUCUACUCUUAAUAUCCGUGUUUUAUUUUCUUUCUACUUUAAUCAACCUUAUGUCUUGUUAGGACCUUGCAAAAGAAAUUCUUGAUAUAUUCACUGCAAGAAAAAUGGGGAAGGUCUUCUUCACCAAUAGUGGCUCAGAAGCUAAUGACUCUCAGGUAUGAUAUUCCAAGCCUAUUUCUCAUGUGCGUAGCUUCCUAUCUUUAUCUGUUUAACGUUAUCUGUCACUAUUUAAUAAAAUAACCUGUGCUAAUAUUUUUCUAAUUUAUCUGAAACCCAACAGGACAGUUUCAUCCUGUCAAUUUUGGAAGCACAGUGACAAGAACUUUUAGCAUUCACUACAGUAAAUGAGGUUGGGUCUGUUAGUGGGUUAUUUGCGUGAUCUCUGAUUAAAACGAAGAUGCAGAUGUUACUGUGGCCCUAAUGUUUUGUAUAGUUUUCAUGAGGAAUAACCAAAUAAGGGAAAGCUGUUACAGACGUAAAUGUUUGAGUAAACAUGUGAUAGCCAUUGGUCGGUACCCUCAUCACUGCCUCACCAAGCAUUUUGUCAAUUGUGAACUUUUUUAAUAAAGCAUGCCCACGAGCUCCAAGCAAAUGGCCCCUUCUUGAAUACCUCCAGUACCACUUUCUGAAGAGUUCAUUUUCAUGAAAAGGUCAUUCUCAAAUUGUGGUUAAACCUUAUGAAUAUUGGUGAAAUGAACUCUGAGAAAAUCUGUGGUGAAGAAUGUGUUUCUAUGCUAAUUGCCUCUGCUGCAUAGAGUUUUUGUUUUUGUCUGCAUCACUAUACAUCUAUCGAUCCAUGAACCAUUGUGCGCAAGCAAGUUCCUCCUAUCUUCUGGAACUUAUGCCUUCAAAACUUUGUCUGCAUGACUAUACAUCCAUCAAUCUAAAUAGAGAAAUCCACCCUGAAACCAACUGUAAUUAUUUUUCGCAUGUAGGUUAGGUUAUAUAUAACUGCUACGAAAAUGAGAAUGUCUCUAGCUUUUGCUAGAACGAAAUUUUUCAAGAAUGCAUAGUAUAGUAGAAAGAAGAUUGUAUAGAAAGUAUGAUGCAGGAUAAACAAGGGCCUUGGGAUUGAUUAGGCUCCUAUGGAAGUGAACAAGAUAAUAUAUAAUAUAUCUUGUUAGAUUUUUUUUAACAAAUAUCUUUUAUAAUAGCAUCACGUUUAUUAUGCCAGAGAGCAACGAGUAAAAAUAUCAUCAUAGUCCUAGGUCUGAGGCUAUAGUUUACUGGAAGAGACAAUGUUGAUUCAUCUGUCCUCCUCAUAGACUCCAAAAUGAGGUUUUUCUCAAACAGUUUUAAAGGCUUUGGUUUGGAAGUUCCUCUGAGUGAAUGGCUUUUCACUCUUUCUCCUAAAUGAGUCGUUUCCUUUCCCGAAAGCAUCCCAUGUUUUAUUCUGGAUUUGAGAAAGUUGGAUGUUCUUUAAUUUAAGUGAAUAAUGAUUUAUUGAAAUCUGCAUCAUUCAUUACAUAUAGUUAGAUUCUCUGUUUUUGCACAUCACUGUAAUGUUCAUAGAAUCGCUUCUGAGGAACGAAAAUAUUUUUAUUUUUACACUUUACCCGUUUCGCAACCAAUUUUUAUUAAAUAAUUAAUUUCAAUCUUCAUUCACCCUGUUGAUUUCCGAGGUCAAAAUCGCCAUGCUUGUAAGGCCCUUAUUUUCAUUGUCUAACUGAAGUCUGGAUUGUGUGUUGUAGGUAAAGCUUGUUUGGUAUUAUAACAAUGCACUUGGAAGACCAGAUAAGAAGAAAUUCAUUGCGAGGAAUAAAUCGUAUGGCAUCAAUCGCUAGCUUCUGUAUCUGUUUCUCUUACGUGAGAUUGCCAAUAAUAAUUCGCAUAUUAUGUUGAAGACUGAUAAGAAGUAAAUUCUUGUUUCAUUUGGAUUUUGACAGAUACCACGGAUCUACGUUAAUAUCUGCUAGUCUUUCUGGGUAAGAAAAUAAAAGGUUCAUUUUUCAGCAUAAAGUUUAGUUAUCUACCUUUCAGCUUACUUAAAUCUCCAUAAGCUUUUUCUUCCUCUUCUUCUUGAUCAUUUUUAACGACGUAAUUGAAUAUUAUAUGCUUGUCUCCUCCAUAGGAUCUUCAUAUUUUUCUUCUUAAAUUCAUAUCCGCAGUCUUCCAGCCCUACAUCAAAAAUUUGAUUUGCCAGCGCCAUUUGUUUUGCACACAGAUUGCCCUCACUAUUGGCGCUUUCACUUGCCAGGUAUGUAAAUGAUUUGUGUUAUCUUUUCCUUUGUCUUGUUUUCAAAUGUAUGGAAAGGAUCCUAAUACCUUUACCAGGUGAGACGGAGGAAGAAUUCUCAACCAGGCUAGCUAAUAACCUGGAAAACCUUAUUCUCAAGGAGGGUCCAGAAACGGUAUAGAUUACCUUUCCUUUCUAUUUUUUUUAUCAUGCUGAAGAAAUUUAAUGUUUCUAAUUUGUAUGCUUCCUGUCCUAGAUUGCUGCAUUCAUUGCUGAGCCUGUUAUGGGUGCUGGUGGUGUCCUUCCUCCCCCAAAGACUUAUUUUGAGAAGGUAAAACAACAUGUUUCUUGCUGCGAAAAUGACAGAUUCGAUAUACUGAGCAAAAGUAGUCACUCUGACAUCUUUCAACGUUUUCUCUUUUUGUUAGUUCUUAAUUUAUUGUCAUUUCCUUUUUCUCCAGUUUGGCUUUUGUUAAUGUCAGAACAGUUUUUUUCUUCAAUUGAUUUGUAUAAAAGCACAGUUACUGCCUGAAAACGUCAGGCAGAGUCUAAAGGACUUGCGACUUGAUAUAGAUUUUGUAGCUUGUUUGGUGAGACAAUCAAAAUAAUUUAAAAGUAUUGAAGAAAUUUUCUUAGAUGUGAUGAGGGGUAGUUCUCACUCAGCCUUUUAAAAACCGUGAUGAAACCAGUUUUCAUUAAAAAUUUGGAUCCCAGACUACAGUCGCGUGAGAAUUGGUGGAAAUUUAUAGUUUUUUUGUGACAUGAUACUAGUGGAGUUUGGGUACUAAAGAAAGAAGGAUAACUGUAGAUUCUACUUUCUACUUGAAAAUACACGGAAAUAUUUUUCUAAGAUAUACAAUUCUCUGUCUAUAUCUUCUCAAAUAUUUUCAUUCAAUCUAUCCAUCCUUCGGAUUUUUUUCCUAAUUUUCACCUUAUCUUAAUCAGUAUGAAAAUCUUUUUCUAAGCUAUACAAUUCUCUCUGAGUAUCUUCCGAAGUUCGUCAACAUCCUCUCAAGUAUUUUUCAUUGCAUCUAUCUAUCCUUCGGAUUUUUAAACCAAUUUUCACCUUAAUUUAAUCGGUAUUUUCGACUGUGGAAAUGUAAAUACUUUUCUUCGAUGGAAAUCUGAUGUCAUAUUCAACAUUUUUGUUAAUUUUUAAUCAGUUUCAUUUUGUCGACCUUCCAUGAAGCUGUAAAUAUCGGCAUAAUUUAUGUUUUAAUAAUCCCUGCAGAUUCAAUCCGUUGUAAAGAAGUAUGAUAUUCUCUUCAUCGCAGAUGAGGUACUUGAUUCAUCAACAAUGCCUUACAACGUUAAUCAUAUCCUUUUUAGGAAAUUUUUCAUGAUUCCCACCCCCCCUCCCGGUUUCUCCCUGCCUCUUCCAGGUCAUCUGCGCCUUUGGAAGGCUGGGGACAAUGUUUGGGUGCGAUAAAUACAACAUCAAGCCUGACCUCGUUUCCAUCGCGAAGGUUAUCCCCUGGCUUACUAUUAAUGGCAGCUUUCAGCAGAAUGACUCGAUUUCUAACCUUCUUGGCUUCAGGCGCUUUCAUCCGCAUAUAUGCCGAUUGGUGCGAUUCUUGUCAGCCCUGAGAUCUCAGAAGUCAUACACUCGCAAAGCAACAAGCUUGGUAACAUCCUUGCCAUCUUUCUUCACAACUUCUCAUAUGUAAAAACGCUGCCGUCCUGGAAAUCCCACGCUCCUUUCUUCUCUCACUAGGCUCCUUUGCUCAUGGGUUCACUUAUUCCGGCCACCCGGUCGCCUGCGCCGUUGCCCUUGAGGCACUGAAGAUCUACAGGUAACUGCUCUGGAUGAAAUGUACUGGAUAUGAAGCCAUCUGAGGCUUGCUCCACCUUGACCCCUGCUGCCUCUCUCCCUUCUGUGAUCUGAAGGGAAAGGGACAUCCCCGAGAAGGUCCAGAGCGUCUCCCCCAGGUUCCAGGAUGGGCUGAAAGCUUUCUCUGACAGCCCCAUCAUCGGGGAGGUGCCUACCCACGCACCCAUUUCAGAUGUUUUCUCCUGAGAGUGGUCACUGCUAUGGCAUUAAUUUUCUUCUAUUAAUAUAAAAAGUGGGCGUAUAUUUUCAUGGGAAUUCACAGAUACGAGGAACCGGGCUGAUCCUCGGCACAGAGUUUACUGACAACAAGUCCCCAACUGAUCUCUUCCCUCCUGAAUGGGGUAAGAUCCUUUCUCUUAGCGCCUACUCUAUGCCUUCUUUGUCAGAAGCCAAAUAUAGACAUUGUUAUAUCCUCUGCUCUGCGGUGGCAGGUGUGGGCGCCAUCUUCGGAGCUGAAUGUGAGAAGCGGGGGAUGCUGGUUCGAGUCUCGGGGGAUAACAUCAUGAUGUCUCCUCCGCUGAUAAUCUCUCCCGGAGAAAUCGACGAAGUAAGAUUUAUAGCUACCCCUUUUUUUUUAUUAGAUUUGAAGCAUCUUUUUCAAUUUUUUAAUCUCUUUAUUAAUAAUCCUGUUCGCUGGAAACCUGAUGAAUCAAAUAUUAUGAAGCAUGAACCAUAAACCUCUUGGAACCAGAUUCUGCCUCAUAUUUUUUGGUCAAACUUUGCCUUUUUUAGAACCCUUGGAGCUUAUAAGCAUAUAUCUACGUUGUGUCAGCUGAUAAGCAUAUACGGGGACGCACUGAAGUUCACAGAGAAGAAGGUGAAUGAACUCAAAGCGAAGAACAAGUAG